CGUAGCGUAGCGACGCCGGACUACGUGGGUUGUUUUUUUUAACGUGUGGGGUACAUUGGUUAGCUUGCUAUCGAAGAAUAAAGUGACCAGUAUAAAAGUUAUCUAAAGGAAGCAAUUUCCACCGUCGGGUUUCAUGAUGGCUUUGCAGGGCUCCGAGGAGAUAGAGGAGCAACUCGCAGAGCCUGAAGAGGUUGGAGACGAGGAUGUGAGCAUCUCUCCAGCUGAAGAAAUAACAUUAACCGUCGGGCCUGGAGGAGAGGAGGACACGGACCCGCUUCUCCUCCCGUGGGAUCGCUUCUCUGCCUGGCUACACUGUAUCUGUGUCGUCGGGUUUGAUCUAGAACUCGGCCAGGCGGUGGAGGUCAUCUACCCACACCAUUCAAAACUAUCCGAGAAGGAGAAAACAAGUAUCUGCUACUUGUCAUUCCCAGACUCCAACUCAGGUUGUCUAGGGGACACACAGUUCUGCUUCCGUUUCCGCCAGGCCUCAGGCAGGAAGUCUUCCCUGGGAUGUUUUCUGGACCAGUUUGACCGUGACGCCCCAGUCUGCCUGAAGAGGGACCAAGGCCAUUACUAUGGUUACGUCUACUUCAGACAAGUCCGGGACAAGUCACUCAAGAGGGGUUACUUUCAGAAGUCCCUGGUCCUUAUCAGCAAGCUUCCUUACGUCACGUUCUUCCACUCCCUGCUGAAGCUCGUCGCUCCAGAGUACUUUGAGAAGCAGGAGCCGUGUCUGGAGGCUGCUUGCAACGACAUCGACCGCUGGCCCACUCCUCAUCCAGGGAAAAUAUUGGUCCUCCCUAUAAUGGGUACUGUUAUGAAGGUUCGGAUCCCAACAUGUUACGACAAGCCUGGAACCUCUCAGCUGGUACAGUCCACACAGAAUGACAACCUGGUGUCCAUAGUCCUCCCCACGGUCCACGAGGUAGACUUGUUCACGUGUUUCCACCCAGUCUUCUUCCACAUUCAGAUGUUAUGGGAGCUGGUGUUGCUAGGAGAGGCUCUGGUUGUCAUGGCACCAUCACCGGCAGAAUCUUCCGACACUGUUCUGGCAUUGGUCAGCUGCAUCUCUCCACUGCGCUACUGCAGUGACUUCAGACCGUACUUCACCAUCCACGACAGCGAGUUUAAAGAGUACACCACCAGAACACAGGCUCCGCCAUCUGUGAUUCUUGGCGUGACCAACCCGUUCUUUGCGAAGACCCUCCAACACUGGCCUCACAUCAUCCGUAUUGGAGACAUGAAGCAGGCUGGAGAGACUGUCAAGCAGAUGAAGGUCAAGAAGCUGAAGAACCUGAAGACCCUGGACUCUAAACCAGGUGUCUACAGCGCGUACAAGCCCUUCCUCAACAAAGAUGAGGAUAUCAUUAAACAACUUCAGAAGGGUGUCCAACAGAAACGUCCCUCGGCGGCACAGAAUGCCAUCCUACGACGGUACUUCCUGGAGCUGACGCAGAGCUUCAUCAUUCCACUGGAGCGCUAUGUGGCCAGUCUGAUGCCUCUACAGAAGAACAUCUCUCCUUGGAAGAGUCCUCCACAGCUGAGACCCUUCCUCCAGGAGGACUUUAUGAAGACUCUGGAGAAGGCAGGUCCUCAGCUCACCUCACCACUCAAAGGAGACUGGAUGGGACUCUACAGACAGUUCCUGAGGUGUCCAAACUUUGACGGCUGGUUCAGGAAUCGCAGGAGAGAGAUGAUGAAGAAACUAGAGGCCCUUCACCUAGAGGCUGUCUGUGAGGAGGAUCUGCAGGUGCGUGUCCAGCAACACACUGAGGUGGAGACUGUGGACCUCGUUCUCAAACUCAAAGACAAACUGACUCAGGCAGAGAGAGAGCAGCUUCCUCUGAGGCCGGGGACGUUGACUAAACUACAAGCCCACAUCGACUCUGUCAUCCUGUCUUUACCUGAUGAUCUACAGGGAAUCCUGCACAAGCCCUCCACACCCUGACCUCUGACUUCUGACCUCUAACCCCUGACCACUAAUCAUUGACCUAUAACCCCUGGGGGAGGAGGAAGGGAGGCCCAAGGAAGGACUGCUCCAGUCUCAUCAUUGAACUGUGGAGUUCUAAGACUUUUUAUUUGUAUUUUUUUUUAAAGUGCACCUCACCCUUUAAUAUCUGUGUGACUGAGCCACCUCCAACCUCUCUCCACCUUCAUGUGCAAUGCUGGCAUUGCCCCCCACAAAAAAAUCCACUGAUGAUGAUUAAUUAUGCAACCAGUCAGAAAAUAAGAAGACAAGCCAAUUAGUGGUUUAUUCUUCAGAGAUAUAAUGUCUGUGCUGUAGUGAAUCAUGUCUCUGUGACACAAGUCCAUAAAGGUUGACAGGGUUUCUGAAACAGUUUGAUCUGUGUCCGAAAACCAAACCUUUAGUCUAGACUUUUUUUAAAAACAGCCUUGUUUGGAUUCUAACUUAACACUGCAGUUACAAUAAACUAUAGACAGAUUGUAAUAAACCGUUUAAUUGUCAACAAUAUUCGUACGUUAUGAAAGGUUGCUGUUGUAUAAAUGUUGAAGACAUGAAGAGCUGUAUUGUAUAGCGUCACUAUACACUUAUUGGACAAAACAUUAGGAACACCUUCCUGAUGUUGAGUUGCAUCCCCUCAAUUCGUCGGGGCAUUGGACUCUACAAGGUAUUGAAAACGUUCCGCAGGGAUGCUGGCCCAUGUUGACUUCAAUGCUUCCCACAGUUGUGUCAAGUUGGCUGAAUGUCCUUUGGGUGGUGGACCAUUCUUGAUACAUGUGUGGGAAAAACCCAGCAGCGUUGCAGUUCUUGACACCAACCAAUGGCACUUAAAUCUGUCUUGUCUAUUCACCUUCUGAAUGGCACACGUACACAAUCCAUGUCUCAAUUGUCUCAAGGCUUAAAAAUCCUUCUUUAACCAGGUCUCCUCCCCUUUAACCAGGUCUCCUCCCCUUUAACCAGGCCUCCUACCCUUUAACCAGGUCUCCUCCCCUUUCACCAGGUCUCCUCCCCUUUCACCAGGUCUCCUCCCCUUUCACCAGGUCUCCUCCCCUUUCACCAGGUCUCCUCCCCUUUAACCAGGUCUCCUCCCCUUUAACCAGGUCUCCUCCCCUUUAACCAGGUCUCCUCCCCUUUAACCAGGUCUCCUCCCCUUUAACCAGGUCUCCUCCCCUUUAACCAGGUCUCCUCCCCUUUAACCAGGUCUCCUCCCCUUUAACCAGGUCUCCUCCCCUUUAACCAGGUCUCCUCCCCUUCACCUACAUGGAUUUAACAAGUGACAUCAAUAAGGGAUCAUAUCUUUCACCUGGUCCGUCUGUCAUGGAAAUGUUUUGUCCACUCAGUGUAUAGUGGUUGAGGAGACGACAUCGGGGUGGUCUUCAUGAGGCAACAAAACAGAUCGAAACAAGAAGGAACCUAAAGCCAGUGCAAUAACAAAUGGUUUCCGUUUCAAAAGGUUUUGUUACGUUGUGCCUUAAUGAAUAGCACCCUUGUUGGAGGUUGAUCUGUGUGUGUGUGUGUGUGUGUGUGUGUGUGGGAAUAGAAUAGCAGAGUGCUGUUGCUAUUUUAGACCAAUAGGAUCGAACUUGUAUAUAAUUUGUACUCAUUAUUAGAAGAACGUAAGGAAAAAGACCUUCACUAAACCCUCGUCCUUAUAUUGCAGUACUACUUCUGCUCCAAAUGUGUAUUCUGCAUAGGGAAUAGUGUGCCAUUUGGGAUGCAUUCAUUCUACAUGUUAAAAAUGGGCAACCGGGUAACUGACGAAAACUAACUUGCUGACACAUUGCCUUGUCAUAUUGAUUUGGACCUGAUUUUUGUGAGCUUUUACCACAUUAUUCAUCUGUGUAGGCCCACUACAUUAUUCAUCUGUGUAGGCCCACCACAACCCCCUGUACCACAUUAUUCAUCUGUGUAGGCCCACCACAACCCCCUGUACCACAUUAUUCAUCUGUGUAGGCCCACCACAACCCCCUGUACCACAUUAUUCAUCUGUGUAGGCCCACCACAACCCCCUGUACCACAUUAUUAAUCUGUGUAGGCCUUCACAACCCAUAUGAACAGUCCUUGUACACCAGGGCUUUCUAGCGGCUAGCUAAACCAGAGUUGGUUUCCUACCGGUCCACUGCCACUGUCUGGAUUUCAUUUGGCACCCAGCCUCUGUCUCUGUCCUCAGUGUCAUUGAUUUGGUUCACACCAACUGUAUUGUCCGAAACACAUUUUGCUGAUCAUAAUGGAUGUUGAUAGCCUGGGUACAGGUCUGUUUAGCUAUCCUCAGAAUGUUGGUUAAACAGACUGGUCCCCAGGCUAGGAUGUUGAUAGGGUCUGGAAGGCUAAACCGUAACUGUUUGUAUUCAUGCUGUUUUUCUGCUUUGGAGUGCAUUCCCUGUAUGGUGUUGCUCAACCAUCAUAUGUUAAGUGUAGAGAUCAUUCUUCCUCUGAACUGUUAAACAUAUCUACAUGUAUGCUGAACAACAUUACUGCAGAGGAGGUUUUUCCUAACACAGAUUUUGCUGUCAGACUUUGGACUACCUAUGAGGUUUUUACGUCUUACAUUUUGAAAACCGAUAUUUGAUUUGUUGAGUAUUUUGAUGUUACAGAAUACAUUAUUUUUCUUGAUCAGCUUUUAUCAUAGGGUGUGCCUUAAGGGAUGAUGGUUAGGGAAAACAGAACCAAAGAUGGACUGUUUUUAGGUUAAAUAUCGAACUGUGACUGUGGAGUAGGCUAAUAAUAACUUCUGAUAUCUACAGUAGUGGCUCACUCACUCAGUAACCUGUCAUAUUCUGAUCUGCUUCAAACACCAUCAUUCUGUUGGAACCCAUCAGAAUUCCAUUGGAACCCAUCAGAAUUCCGUUGGAACUGUUGGAACCCAUCAGAAUUCCAUUGGAACUGUUGGAACCCAUCAGAAUUCCGUUGGAACUGUUGGAACCCAUCAGAAUUAUAUUAGAACUGUUGGAACCCAUCAGAAUUCUAUUGGAACUGUUGGAACCCAUCAGAAUUCCGUUGGAACUGUUGGAACCCAUCAGAAUUCCGUUGGAACCCAUCAGAAUUCCGUUGGAACUGUCUGUCCUCUGAGGGAAUAUUUCAGUUAAAUUAAUAUUGGUUGGUACACACACCUGUGAUGGGUUUCCAUAUUUUGAAAAAUACUUAUUUUAACAAGAUAAUUUUGUAUAAAGGGCUAUUCUCAUAUUCCAUGAAUCUAAAAAGUGAAGUUUUGUACAUAUUGUUGAAAUACCCAGCCAUCACCAUUGAUGAUGAUAUUCAUUAUAUUACAACCAUUAUUUUACUAAAUAUAGAUAUUACUGACAUGGAAUACUAUACAUUUGUAAUAUCUUCCAAUGGGCUGGUUAGAUGUUAAAGAACUAGAAUAAGGAUUAUAAUAUACUGCAUCAUGUUGCUUUGGGGAACUCAGUAUUUUUACAUUUGCAAUGUUUGAUCGUUUUUGUAUUGAAGCCUUAAUACAAUAACUACUGAGGAACCACUAUUGAUGCCUUUUUAAUAGAAGUACUGAGGAACCACUAAUGCUAACAGACAAUGGCUUUCAGUGAGCGCAAGUAUUUUAAUGUGAAUAAACGGGUCUCUAGGAUCUCACUAAUAAAUGGUUCUGUAUUUUC